AUGAUUAGAGAGAGAUAAUUUGAAGUAAUUAAAACAUAAUAAGUAAAUUAACACUUAUUAUGCACUAUUUGCAGAGAAGUAUUUUAUAAUCCAAUAAGGGCAACGUGUGGGUAUCAUUCAUUUUUCAUCAGUAGGCAUACUUUUUGUGGAACUUGUUUGGUUCGUUGGAUUCAGAUGAAAAAAAGUUGUCCAUUAUGUCGACAUCGACUUGAACGAAACUAUUAAUUUGACAAAGACAUUCUAGCCACCAAAAUUGUUGGAGAUAUUGAAGUUAAAUGUUUAAGAUGUCAAUUAUGGGAGGGAACCUUGGCUUAGUUUAAAUAACAUAAAAAAUCAUAAUGUACUUACAUAUCUAUUAACACUGAAAUACAUCAAGAUGCUAUUGAAAUUGGAGAUGAUGAUGAUGAAUUUACAUUUGCGAAUCUUGUAGAAGAAACAGAACCUUAAAUUAAAUAAUAAAUCAUUGAAAAUUUUGGGUAAUAAAUUUUGAUUUCGAUUGAUUAAUCCUAAAAUCACGAUUAGCAACAACAACCUUAAGAAAGCAAUAAUAUAAAUUAGAAUCAUUAGGAUCCUCCAUUAGAAAAUAAUUCUAAUGAUAUUAAUCUCAACUCUAAUCAAAUAGAAAAUCUAAAUUAAAAUUUAGAAUUGGAUAAUGAUUUACCUUAAAACAAUCUAGAGAACACCAAAAUCGACAAUCCUCCUCAGGAAAUCAAUUAAGAGAAUCAGAUUAGUCUCUCUAUUGUGUAGGAUGAUUCAAUUAAUUAACAAAAUCUUACUUACCUAGAUGAUUAACAUAUUAAUUAAGCAAGAUAGUUGAAUGAUUAAUAGUAACAGGAUGUGCCUUAGAUUCAAGACUCUAAUCAAAAUGAGACUGAGGAAAAGCAUUUAUCAAUAGAAAAUUAACAAAUAUUAUUAUAAGAUAAUUAGGAUACUAGUUAAAACAAUGUUAUUAACAAUGAAGCAAAUGUUCAUUAAGACACCCUCCAAUAAGCAGUAGACAACAUAUAAAUUCAACUGUAAACAGAAAUCAAGGUUGAUUCUCCAAAUUACUAUUAAUCUAAUCAAUAAAAUCUAAAUGUUGCGGAGUAAUUUAAGACAAAUGAUCCUGACGUUCAGAUAAUUGAACCUCCCAUUAAAUUUUUAAAUAAUAAAGAUCUCAAGAAAUUUAAAGCUACCAAUAAAUUUAAAAUUAAUAUACUCAAAAAUAGUGUGAAAAUUGUAGAACCUAUGAUGGAGGAGAUACAUGAUAAUUUAUUUUUUGAAUUUGUUCACCAAAUGAAAAAAGAAAUGGUAAAGAAGUUAAGUGACAUCUAAUACUACAAUACUCUGCUUGGCUGA